AUGCCGGCUGAGGGUGUCGACCUGACGCCCAACGAGCGGCUUUUGACCACGCCCGAGAUAAUCCGGCUGGCACGCAUAUUCGUUUCCCAGGGCGUGGACAAGAUCCGGCUUACGGGCGGCGAGCCGACUGUGCGCAAGGACAUUGUGGAAUUGAUCUCUGGUCUCAAUGAGCUGCGGCCACUGGGGCUGAAGAAAAUCGCCAUUACCACCAACGGCAUUGCAUUGCGGCGCAAGCUCCCGCUGCUGCGCAAGGCGGGGCUGGAUGGACUCAAUAUCAGCAUUGACACCAGGGAUCCGCGCAAAUUCGAACUGUUCACGCGCCGCAAGGGCGCCGACCAUAUCAAUGUGGUUGUCAUGCGCAACAUGAAUGAGGACGAGGUGCCGGCGUUUGUCGAAAUGACGCAUGAUGAUGACAUUGAUGUGCGGUUUAUCGAGUACAUGCCGUUCGACGGCAACCAGUGGGGCAAGCAGAAGCUGGUUCCGUAUCGCGAACUGCUCGACAACCUCGUCAGGCUCUACGGCGACCGGAUCGAGCGGCUGCCGCUGGAAGACAACCACACGGCCAAGGGAUAUAGGAUCAAGGGAUACAGGGGGCAGUUUGGCUUUAUUACCUCCAUGACCAAGUCGUUCUGCUCCGACUGCAACCGAGUCAGGGUGCUGGCGGAUGGCAACCUGAAAGUGUGCUUGUUUGGGAAUACCGAGGUCGGUUUGCGCGACAUGCUCCGGGACGGCAGCUCCGACGCUGAGGUCAUCGAGACUAUUGGCAAGGCGGUCAAGCGCAAGAAGAGGGCGCAUGCAGGUAUUGACAUUUUGUCACAACUGCCCAACCGCCCAAUGAUUAAGAUUGGCGGCUAA